UAAACUCUUCAGCUCUGCGUGACUCCUGCCUGUGUCUCUCCUCCCACCCGGUGGACGGUCAGACGUUAACAGCCUCCCAUCAGUCGUCGUCAGCCAUGUUGUUGGUGUGACACACUGAGCUGUCAGCAACAGGUCCUCUGAGUAACAACGCCGCUAAACUUUGACAUUUCCUCAACUAAUACUGCUCUCCUUGGAUAAUAAACCCAUAAAGUGUGUCCGGGAAACCGUCCAGAAGUGGUGGAGGAUCACUUUUGCAUCGCCGGAAGCUCGGAAGUUGAUGUUUUUUGGUCAUUGGGGUGAGAGAGAUGGCUGCGAGCAGUAGCUGAGGACGCCACCGGGAGUUCCCCCUCUCUGCCUCUGCCACCUGCAAAUAUGAAUGGUAGUCCAAGUAUAUGGGCGGUCACUCCAGAGGAGAGGGUCAAACAUGAUCAGAAGUUUGACACCCUCUCCCCAUCAAUGGGCUAUGUCUCAGGGGAACAGGCUAGGAAGUUUUUCCUCCAGUCGGGGCUGCCUGCAUCAGUUUUGGCUGAGAUUUGGUCUCUGGCUGACAUGAAUAAAGAUGGGAAGAUGGACAGGUUGGAGUUUUCCAUCGCUAUGAAGCUCAUAAAGCUAAAACUCCAGGGUACACAGCUUCCCUCAUUACUGCCAGUCAUCAUGAAGCAGCCUCCAGUGCCUGCUCCCAGCCUCAGUAACCCAACCUCAUCCUUGAGCAACCCAGCCUAUGGUAUGGCUUCUGUGCCUAACAUGUCCAUGAUGCCCGGGACAAACCUCACCAUGUUGACCCCUAUCUCUAUGGCAACCUCUGGACUCUCAUCCUUGACACCAAUGACAGGCCUUACCCCUUUGGUUCCUACAGCAACAGGCAUGAGCCCUCUAAUGGUCUCCACUCUCCCAAACGGCUCCAUUUACCAACCAAUUCCAGCCGGAUUGGCCACUGGCCUACCUCUCUCUGCAUCCCCCUACUCUACGCUCGGACGUUCUUCUUCUCCUGCUGGAAUGAACAAAGCCUCUUCGCUGCUGGACCUAGCAUCCACCAGCUCCGCUUCCUCGUCCCCCUCUGUGAUGUCCCCCAUGGUCACUGCUCCCAGCGACUGGGCUGUGCCACACGCCUCCAGACUUAAAUAUAGACAGCAGUUCAACAGCUUGGACAAACAAAUGACAGGAUACCUCACUGGUCAGCAGGUGAGAGGUGCCAUGGCGACCACGAUGCUGACUCAGACACAGCUGGCUUCCAUCUGGACUUUAGCUGAUGUGGAUAAAGAUGGCAAGCUAAAAGCUGAGGAGUUUAUUCUGGCAAUGCAUCUGGUGGACAUGGCAAAGAUGGGACAACCACUGCCGCUGACACUGCCAACUGAACUGGUACCACCCUCACUAAGGACUGCAGUGAAUGGAUCCAGCUCUUCUUCCUAUGCUGCGCUAAUUGAUGACUUGGACAUAGAACCUCCACAGAAAGCCAAAACCAACAUGACGUUUGAGGAUAAAUUCAAAGCUAAUCUGGAGCGAGGGAACGCAGAACUGGAGAAAAGACGACAGGCACUGCUGGAGGCGGAGAGGAGAGAGAGGGAGCGGCAAGCUCAGAAGGAGAGAGAGGAGCGAGAGAAGAGAGAGAGGGAGGCUCGGGAGGCCGAGGAGAGGAGGAGGAAAGAGGAGGAGAGGAGGCUGGAGCGACAGAGGGAGCUGGAGAGGCAGAAGGAAGAGGAGCGACAGAAAGAGAUCGAGAGAAAAGAGGCUGCACAGCGGGAACUGGAGCGUCAGAGGAAGGAGGAGUGGGAGAGGAGGCGGCGAGGAGAGCUCCAGAUAAAGAGGGAGCAGGAGCAGGAUGAUAUCAUCAGAUUGAAAGCAAAGAAAAGGAGUCUUGAGAUGGAGCUGGAGGCCGUGGGAGACAAGCAUCGUCAGAUCUCAGACCGACUACGGGACUUUCAGAAUAAGAAAAAGCAUCAGAAGACUGAGCUGGAUCUGACCAAACACAGGAAAGAGACACGCCAGCAGGACAUUAACAACUUGCAGAAUCAGCUAGAGGAGUUCCAGAGGAAGUUGUCCCAGCUGACUCCGGAGCAGAAGAGACUGACGGACAAACUCAGAAACAUGUCACUGAAUAACCUGCCUGUGUCAACCAUGUCCACCCUGAAGGUGGCAGUUACAGAGAAAAAAGGGACAUGUGUUAAACUGCAAGAGCAGCUGGAAGCUCUGGAGAAAGAGACCGCUGCCAAACUGUCUGAGAUGGACCAGUACAACAAAGAUAUGCAGGAACUAAGAGAGAGUCAGAAAAAACAGCAGGCAGCACUCGAAAAACUACGGAGCAUCAAAGAGGACAAACGACGUGAGCUGAGUCGAAGGAAGAAGGAGGAAGAGGAGAGGAGGAGGAGGGAAGAGGAGAGGAAACGACAGGAAGAGGAGAGGAGGCGGAGAGAGGAAGAGGAGGCUCAGAGGCGUAUUAAGAUGGAAAAAGAGCGCCAGUGGCAGGAGAAGCUGAAGAGGGAGGAAGAGGAGCAUCAGAGAAGGCUUAAGGAGGAGAAGGAGGCGAAACAAAAGGAGGAGGAGGAGAGAGAGAGCAGAGCCACUCAACACAGGAAAUCGGCGGCUCUCACAUCCUUCAAAGCUCUCUACCCGUUCACUGCCCGAAACAACGAAGAGCUCACCUUCAAUGCAGAUGACAUCAUUGAGGUUGAUGAGACGACAGAGCGGGAGGAGGGUUGGUUGUACGGCAGCAGACAGGGGAAGAUGGGCUGGUUCCCAGAGAGCUACGUCGAGAGAUUGGCCCCAUCAGACACAGCUAAAAACACUCCUGCUGUUGCUGCUGCUCCUAAAGUGCCGCUCCAGUCACAGCUUUCCAAUGCCCUUGAUGCUGCCAAGGCAGCAGGGACAAAGUCUGCCUUUACGCCAACGCACUCUCCACACCCUGCACCCUCUGAGACACAGGGACAGAAGGUCGUGGGUAACCUUUUGGCCCAGGCCCUGUGCUCAUGGACAGCGAAGACAGACAGCCAUCUGAACUUCAAUAAGGACGAUGUCAUUCAGGUGUUGGAGCAGCAGGAGAACUGGUGGCUGGGAGAGCUGAACAAUGAACGAGGCUGGUUCCCCAAAACAUACGUGACACUGCUGGGAGAAGAAGAGAGUUCAGACGUGAAGAGCUCCACUUCUGACGCUUUGGAGUCUGGUGACAGCUUGCAGCUUGAAGAAUACACAGCGUUGUACACCUAUGAGUCUCCGGAGCCUGGUGAUCUGACAUUUAGAGAGGGAGAUGUGAUCCUGGUGAGCAAGAGAGAGGGAGAGUGGUGGCAAGGCUCUAUAGGCGACAACAGUGGUGUUUUCCCCAGCAACUACGUCAAACCCAAAGAGACAGAUACAUCAAGUAUAUCUGGAAAGAAGAAGCCGGAGAUUGCCCAAGUGAUUAGGGCCCACCCCUCCACGGGCCCUGAACAGCUUAAUCUGGAAAAUGGCCAACUCAUCCUCAUCCUCGGCAAGAACGCCUCCGGCUGGUGGCUGGGAGAACUGCAGGCCCGAGGCAAAAAGCGUCAGAAGGGCUGGUUUCCUGCCGCUAAUGUCAAAAUAUUGGGAUCCAACAGCGGCAAGUCCACGCCAGCACACCAACCAGUCUGUCAGGUGAUCGCCAUAUAUGACUACACAGCCGCCAAUGGGGACGAGAUGAGCUUCUCCAAAGGUCAGCUGAUCAACGUUUUGGACAAGAAUGACCCUGACUGGUGGAAAGGAGAGAUCAACGGGGCCACUGGUCUGUUCCCCACCAAUUAUGUUCAGAUGACGACAGCAGAUUGUGACCCCAGCCAGCAGUGGUGUGCAGACCUGAACAGCCUGGACACAAUGAGCACCCAGGAGAAGAAGAGACAGGGUUACAUUCAUGAGCUGAUCCAGACUGAGGAGAGAUACACAGAGGACUUGCAGAUAGUGCUGGAGGUUUUCCAUAAACCCAUGCUAGAGUCAGGUCGGCUCAGCGAUGCAGAGAUGGCCAUGAUCUUCGUAAACUGGAAAGAACUUCUAGUCUGCAACUCUAAACUUCUCAAGGCACUUCGUGUGCGUAAGAAGAUGGGCGGGGAGAACAUGCCGGUGCAGAUGAUCGGAGAUAUCCUGUCUGCAGAGCUGUCCCACAUGCUGCCCUACAUCCGCUUCUGUUCCUGCCAGAUUAACGGGGCAACGCUGCUUCAGACACGCAUUGACAACGAGCCGAACUUCAAGGACUUCCUCAAGAAAAUUGCCACAGACUACAGGUGUAAAGGCAUGCCGCUGUCCAGCUUCCUGCUGAAACCCAUGCAGAGGAUCACACGCUACCCACUGCACAUCAAAAACAUCCUGGAGUGCACCGCAGAGGGCCACGCUGACAGAGGUCCUCUGAAAGAGGCUCUAGAAAGGGCGGAGGAACUCUGUCAACAGGUAAACGAGGGCGUGAGAGAGAAGGAGAACUCUGACAGACUGGAGUGGAUUCAGAACCACGUACAGUGUGAUGGCCCUGCAGAGAACCUGGUGUUUAACUCUCUUACCAACUGUCUGGGCCCCAGGAAACUGCUCCACAGCGGCAAAAUGCACAAGGUAAAGAGCAACAAGGAGCUCUGGGCUUUCCUCUACGACUUUCUGCUUUUGACAACACACGGUAAACAGUACUCCUCUGGGCCUGAUAAACUGUUCAGCAACAAGAACAACGUACAGCUCAAGAUGUACAAGCCGCCUGUGCUGCUUAAUGAAGUGUUGGUGAAGCUGCCGGAUCCUUCCAGCGACGAGCCCACCUUCCACAUUUCACACAUCGAUAGAGUCUACGUACUCAGAACGGACAACAUCAAUGAACGGACGGCCUGGGUUCAGAAGAUCAAGGCUGCGUCUGAAGAAUUUAUUGAGACGGAAAAGAAGAAAAGGGAAAAGGCCUAUCAAGCACGAUCAGUGAAGGCGAGUGGAAUCGGCAGACUUCUUGUCACCAUCUUAGAGGCGACUGAACUCAAGGCAGCCAAACCUAAUGGUAAAAGUAACCCCUAUUGUGAAGUGACCAUGGGAGCUCAGAUAUUCACGUCCAGAACGCUCAACGACACUCUGAACCCCAAGUGGAACUUCAACUGUCAGUUCCACAUCAAAGAUCUUUACCAGGACGUCCUGUGCAUCACCAUCUUUGAAAGAGACCAGUUUUCACCCGAUGACUUUCUGGGUCGUACAGAGGUUCCCGUGGCAACCAUAAAGAAAGAGUUGGAAAACAAGGGACCAGUAACACGCCGCCUGCUGCUGCACGAGGUUCCUACAGGGGAAGUGUGGGUCCGCCUCGACCUGCAGCUCUUUGGCAAUAAAUAGACAAAUAGGAUGAAGUGACAUAAAAACAGAGUC